AUGAGGGUGAAGGCUCGACGGGUGGCCGUUAUUGGAGCAGGGCCUGCCGGCGCCAUUGCCACGGAUGCCUUGGUCAAAGAACAAGCCUUCGACACUGUUCGAGUGUUUGAGCGGAAGAGUGUUGCAGGAGGAACAUGGGUCUAUUCACCGGAACUUUCGCCUAGCAUUCCUUCGCUUUGUGCUCUUCUCGAGCAAAAGGCAGACCAGCCAGUCACCAUCCCAACCGACUUCCCAUGCGACACCAACAAGACCGAAUCAAUCAACUCCUAUCAGAUCCGUUACUCUGACACGGGGAUUCAUGAAAACCUCCAUAGCAACCUUCCCCCGCAAACAAUGUCAUUUACCCAAGAGCCAAUUCCCAAUAUCAUUUCAGAGCGAGCAUUAGCACAAUACGGCCCCAAUGCUCCGUUCCGUCACAGAGAGGUCAUUCGUGAAUGGGUGGAGGAGAUCUUCAACCACGCCGGCCACCAAGACCUUGUCGAGUUCAAUACGACGGUUGAGCAUGCUGAGAAAAGGGGAGACGAGUGGGUGUUGACUCUACGAAAACUAAUCCCCGAGAAAAAGAGAAAUCACUGGUGGCAGGAAGUGUUUGACGCGGUGGUGGUGGCAACAGGCCACUUUUCCUUGCCGUAUGUGCCUGAUAUACCAGGACUGGUAGAGUACGACCAAAGGUUCCCUGGGACGGUCAGGCACAGCAAGCACUUUCGCUCCACAAACGAGUUCAAAGGAAUGAAAGUUGUCCUAGUAGGAGGCUCUGUCUCUGCAUUCGACGCAUUACACGAGAUCAGAACAGUUUCCAAGCGUCCAGUCAUCGCAUCCCUCAGAGAGCCGCUACCAGCCUUCGGCUGGGGAGCUUUCACCCAUCCACAUGUGGUUAUCAAGCCACCUAUUGCUCGGUUUCAUGCUGACAGUGGACAAAUCGACUUUUCGGAUGGAACUUCGAUAGACCAUGCUGAUGUCGUUCUUUUUGCCACGGGAUACGACUUCAGCUUCCCUUUCCUAGACAAGUCCAAAGUAGAGAUACGGAACAGGAGAAUUCGAGGCUUGUAUCACCAUGUCUUCAGCAUUUCAGACCCGACUCUCUCAUUUAUAGGAAUGGUUGCCGGCGGUCUUACAUUUCGUGUGUUUGAAUGGCAGGCUGUGGCGGUCGCCCGUGUUCUGGCGGGACGAGCUACGUUACCCCCGCAAGAAGACAUGGAGAGAUGGGAGGCUGAAAGGAUAGCCAAACGUGGCGAUGGUGUUGGGUUCUUUUCGAUUGCGCAAGACCUUGAGGACUCUUUUGAGGAAUUGGGGAUGCUGGCCGGCGAGCCAGCCGCUGGGACAACUGGUAGAGUUCUGCCAAAGUAUGAACAGAGCUGGAUCGAGGCAUUUCAGGAGAUUGUCACCCUGAGGAACCGGUGGUGGGCACAGGAAAGACUUAAGUCUGAGGCAUGUUCCAACCCACUGGUUGAAGGGAAGUUAUAA